AUGCCCGACAAGAUUCCCACCCUCGUUGAAUCAGGCCUCCUCAACGGCGGCAAGCGCUCCGUCAUCGCCUCAGACCUCGGCCCGGGCUCAACCACAUUCCCCCACUACCACAAGACCUUUACCGAAAACUUCAAGCUGCACUCGGGCUCUCUCACCAUCAUUGCAGCGCCAGAGGGCGUCAAGGACGCGGCCGCCAUGCGGGAGUUCAACCUCAGCGUCGGCCAAGACAGCACCAUCCCAUUGUCCACGGCACACAAGUUCCUCGCCGGCGAGGACGGCGCAACCGUUACGGUGACGUUUGAGCCCGCGGCGAUUGGCUUUGAGCGCACGGUGCUCAUCAUGCGCGGGCUGCAGGAGGACGACGAGUACAAGUCGUGGGGCGGUGGCGCGAACGAGGAGAAUGCCAUGUUUGUGUCUGUUUUGGCCGAGCUGACGGAUUCGCAUCCGCUGACGGCGAACGAUGCGGACAUGAUUGAGAAGCAGGACAGGGAGGCGCAUGAGAAGUUGAAGAGUGAGCUCAUCGGGCGGUAUGCUACGGAUGAAAUGAUCAAGGAGGCGGUGGCCAGGACUGCUGCUGCAUCUGCAUAG